AUGUGGAAUAAUACUUCAAUUCCCGACCUUACUGGCAAAGUUGCGCUGGUGACGGGAGGAAACGUAGGAAUCGGGUUUCAGAUCGUUAAGCAACUGGCAUUGCAUGGUGCAAAAGUGUAUCUGGGAGCCCGAUCUGAACCCAGAGCAAAACAAGCGAUUGACAGCAUCCUUUCCGAGUACCAGUCCAUCACCAAGGACCGUGUUAUAUGGCUACCUUUGGACUUGUCGAGGCCAGCCAACAUUAUGGAGGCAGCGCAAUUGAUGUCAUCUUGGGAAAAGAGAUUGGAUAUCCUGAUCAACAAUGCCGGCAUUGCAACGGACGACUUCACAACGACUGCGGAAGGAUUUGAGUCUACCAUAGCUGUGAAUCAUAUCGGCCACUUCAUCUUAACCACAAAGCUUUUGCCACUUUUGAAAGCUACUGCAUCGGCAAUUGGCUCUGACGUCCGUAUCGUGACCUCAAGCUCAGUUGCCGAGAAGUUUGCACCCAAGCACAACAACUUCACAACCACGGAAGAUCUCAGCGAUCCUGGCACAACUGAUUCAAAUGAUUACACUUCGCGUAAGACUGUCUUCAGUCGAUACGGCGCUAGUAAGCUAGCAAACCUCCUCUUCACGAGGGAACUACAGCGGCGGUUAGAUGAAGAAGAUGUCAAGAUCACAGCUUUGGCAGUGGAUCCCGGCCCCGUCGCUACCGAUGGUGGCAUGAGCGUAUUUCCCGGCUUCUUGAAGCCUGUGCUGAAGAUGGUGAUGAAGAGCCCUGAAAAAGGUGCUCUGACUCAGCUUUUCUGCGCUACUGCAAAAGAAAUUGUGAAUGAGCCCGAGAAAUACAAAGGUAAACUAUUGACCGCACCUGGAAAGACCAACCCGGGAUCCGACAAGUCGCGCAACAGUGAGUUGGCUCGAUCAUUGUGGCGGAUCACAGAGGAAGCUUUGAAGACCGUCGGAGCCUGA